ACAUAUAUAUAGUUUAAGUUUUUGUACACAAUGGAUUCGGAAUAUGCUUAUACGAAGAAGAGAAUGCAUUUCGGGAAGAGAUGCAAUUUUUCCGACUUCGACAAAACAGAUGUGGAAAUUAAAUCGAAUCCAGUGUUGAUGAAUAAUUAUGUUAGAAUGGAUCCCGUGACACACGCUACGCAAUGCAGUAAAGUCUUUGCGGUUCACGAGGUAAAUACAACUACUGCAACGUAUAGGGAUAAUAAAAUGUUUCAUUAUGAGGGUGGCUGGCCGAAGGACAUAAAUAUGAAGGAUCUAGAACAGACAGUCAGAUACAGACGUAAGAUCGAGAAAGAUGAAUUGUAUAUUCAUACAAUGCUUCAGCUGCUACCUUCGAUGGAGCACUGUAUUUUGCAAAACAACGCUUGCAACAUUUACGAAGAAUACUUCGACGAUGUGGAGGCAACCCCACUGAUACAAAGAGCUUUCUCGCGCACGGUGAACGUUUACCGUGAUCCUUUAACGAUGAAACGGCAGAUCACUCAUCUGUCGUGGUCGCCAGAUCAAGGUAAUCGCUUUGCGGCUAGUUAUUGCAACGUUGAUUUCAAAAAAACUUUUAGCAACAAUUACACGUCGUACAUCUGGGAAGUAGAGAAUCCAAAUAAUCCUUACAUUACGCUGAAACCUUUUUGUCCGAUUCUAACGUUGGAAUACAGCCCGAAGGAUAGCAACACCUUGAUAGGUGGUCUGAUAACUGGACAGGUGGGUUAUUGGGACCUUAGAAGAGGUUCAGAAAUGAUAGACAUUAGUUCGGUUGAGUUUAGCCAUAGAGAUCCCUGUGACAAAACCCUAUGGAUUAAUUCCAAGACUGGUACCGAGUUUUUUAGCGCCUCGAAAGAUGGACAGAUAAAGUGGUGGGAUACCAGAAAGUUGCAAAUUCCAACAGAAACUUUAGUGAUAGAUUUAUCGAAGCCGGAAAAUCAAAACGUGGACAAAGCUACCGGUAUCUCGGCUCUUCAAUUCGAACCUUCGAUGGGAACACGUUUCAUGUGUGGCUUGGAAAACGGUAUUGUAAUAUCGGGAAAUCGCAAAGGUAAAACACCCGGUGAAAAAAUUGCAACUAGAUUUAGAGCCCAAUAUGGACCGGUUAUAAGUCUAGAAAGAAACCCAACGUUCGUAAAAAACUUUUUGACGGUCGGUGAUUGGACCUCGAGAAUUUGGUCGGAAGAUUGUAGAGAAUCCUGCAUAGCAUGGACUCCCGGCCAUCGAGACUUUAUAACGGGUGGUGCAUGGAGUGCUACACGUUAUUCUGUGUAUUAUCUGAUCAAAGUUGAUGGGACUUUAGAUGUGUGGGAUUUUUUAAUUCAGGAGGAUAGCCCAGUUCUCAGCAUAAAGGUCUGCGACGAAAGUUUGACCUGUUUACGACCGCAUGAGCAGGGUCAACUGGCUGCAGUGGCGAAUAAAAAGGGCUCGACUUAUCUGCUCGAAUUUUCGGAGGCUUUAACGGUUAAUCAAAAGAAUGAUAAACUGCUAUUAACUGCGCUUUUCGAUCGUGAAACGCGUCGUGAGAAAGUAAUAGAAGCAAAAAACAGAGAACAACGAUUGAAAAUGAGGACUUUGAAGAUGCAUGGUGAGUCAGACUUUACCGAUGUUUCCUUGAAACCAGAUGAACGGGAAGAGUCUAAGGAAUCUUCUGCCGGUUUGAAGAACGCACUGAUAGUGCAAUGCGAACAGGAAUACGAAAAUAUAAUUAAUGCGGAAUUAACACGACAAGCGGAAACAAAUACCGUUGAAUUGAAUAAUAAUGUGAUGCAGAACGAAAAAGAUAUAUAUAUGAUGAAUGCUGCGCAGAAUUUGCAAAAUAUGCAGUAUGAUUUAUCAAUAUUGUUCCAAUUGCCACGACGAACACAAAGGCGGAUAUUGGGGCAGUAUUUAUACCCGCUGGUUUAUAACAUUCACCCGAAUUUUAUGCCUGACAAGCUCACGGAUAUCCUACUAGAUCUCAAUUCUAUUGGAGCAUUGAUUGCUAUGCUAAGUGACUCGGGGUUGUUCCAUCUGAAACUCAUAGAUGCUGUUAACGUGCUUCAAACUUAUUACGCUAUGACAAACUGAAAAGUACCAUCGAGGAGCCACAACGAAAUUCGAAAUCAUCUACGGCUGUAAAUUUACUGCCAACGCUACAGUUAUUGAAAAUACAGUUUACGUUACGUACACUAUAGAUUUCCAUUCCCUGGUUUUCAGUAAUGAUAAUCAAUUUUGGAACACACCCUAUAUACGCCAUAACGCUUCGCUUAUCUUAGC